AUGAAGCACGAUGUGUAUAUCACUGAUGAUGACGUAUCAAUUGACAAUAUAAAACCAGUCACAGAUGUUUUGGUUGAUGACAAUGCUAUACAAAAUAUUGAUCCUUUAAUACAACCAUUAAUCGAUACAGAUGAAUUACAAAUUAAAAAUGAAGUUAAUAAUAAUAUUGAAGAAUUUAAUAAUCUUACUGAAAAAUCAACAUCAAUUCUUUCACUUCAUUCAAUUCGACAAAGUCGAACUAAAUCUUUUUCACAAGCAAUGGGUCGAUGUACUGGGAUAUUCUAUGCACUCAUUGGUUCAUCUCUUUUUACAAGUUCCGGUUUUAUUAUAAAACAGUUACGUGUUGACUUUUUUGAUGCUUUAAUGUGCCGAUUUAUAAUUCAAACAAUAAUUCUUACUAUUUUUAUUGUUCAUAAGCGUUAUAAAAUACUUCAUGGUUCAGUUAAUUUAAUUCUUUUACAAAUUAUUCGUGGAAUAUUUGCAGCAUGUGGUUUGUUAUUUUUUUAUUUAAGUUAUCGUUAUAUUCCAUUACCAGAUUUAACAACAUUUCGAUAUACACAAAUAAUAUGGACAGCAAUUAUAGCGAUGAUUAUUUUUCGUGAACGUAUAUCGAUACCAACAGUAAUUGCUAUUAUAUUAACAUUUAUUGGUGUUAUAUGUGUUGCUCAACCAACAUUUUUAUUUGGUAAUACUGUAAAAUUAUCAAAUAAGAAUGUAACAAUCCAUAGAAAACAUGAUGAUGUUGAUUAUGAAUCAGAUAAAUCUUAUCGAUUUCUUGGUCUUUGUCUUGCAUUACUAUGCGCACUUUCAAUAUCGAGCAGUAUUGUACUUAAUAAAAAAUUAUUAGUAUUAAAAAUUCCACAAAGUGUACUUAUGUUUCAAUUUUCAUUGUUAUGCUUAAUUUUACUUAGUAUGAAUCAAAUACGUAAUCAUUUUAUUCUUAAUAAACAUUCACAUCAAUCAAUGUUUACGUGGCAAUUUGCUGUUGCUGCAUCUGUUUCAUUAAUACAAUUAUUAUCAUCAACAGUAACACAAAAAGCAAUUAAACUUGAACAUCCAUCAAUUGUAUCUGUCGUUCAAUCAUCAGAUAUCUUAUUUGCUAUUGUACUUCAAAAUUUCAUUGCAAAUGAAAAAUCAAAUUGGUUAGUUAUACUUGGUUCGGGAUUAGUUACAACAAGUAUUGUUCUCGUAGGAAUUCAUAAGAUAUGGAAUGAUAGAAAAAAAAUACAAGGCGAAGAAACAAAGAAUAAUAAUCCAAAAAUAUAA